AUGAGGCUAAAGGGCACCGUAAAGGGCCAGACCAUAGUGUUCGACCAUCCCAUCGACCUGCCCGAAGGACACCGGGUGGAAGCGGACGUAAAUCCGAUUGAGUCAGCCCCAGACCUCGAAAAGUACGGCAUCAGGCCCUUCCCCCCCGCCGACUACGUGGUCACCAACGACAUCGUCAACGACAUCCGGGACGAACUGGGCAUCUGA